AUGUCACACGAACCUAAAUCUAGGAAUCAAAAGAAUGGCUAUUACUCACAAGUAAAGACCAUUAUCAGUACACCCCUUCCAUUUGAGGUCAGGAAGAAAAUGAUGAACGCGAAUGGAUACAACAGAUUUGGAGAGAUACUUAACCCACAGAACUCCAGGUGGAAAAUCAGAGAUCGUGAUAAUCUCACAACUCAUGAUAUCGAAGGAGCCGUCCCUGAUACUUAUGGGAAAUUAAGCGAGCUAAAAGGAAGGGACUACAUCAAUAUUGGAGAUAUCAAAGGCACUCAGUCUGCAUAUAAAAUUGAUAAAUUCACAAAUAAAUCUCACUUUAAUCUACAAACGAAAGAUGUCACCGAAGAAGGAAAGAAGCGCUUUGUUAAGAAUUAUAGUCCUCUAGAGCCUAGUUAUGUGAUGUACUCUAAAAGUAGGAGAAGGAGGAUGGUUAUUCAAGAUGAUGAAACCUCUAAGCCUAGGAAGUUAAUCACUCCUAAGACUAGGAGAAAGGACAAUAGAAUUGAUGAUAUUGAAGGAGCUCAACCUAAGAAACUUACUUGGGUACGUAAAAUCUUAAACCCAGCUGACAAUGAAACAGAGCUGAAUACCGGUUUACCGAUGAAUAAUAACCUUAGUUCAAAUAAUAUCUCAAAUUUGGCAAUGAAGGGAAGGAAUAUCACUCAUGACUCUCCACAUCAAUCUUGAAAGAAAGUUCUCACUAGAGUAGACUCCUGUACUCAAAGAGCAUCUCCUCAUAGAAAGGAGCAAAGGCAUAAUAGGACAGAAAAUAACUCCAUAAUUAUUGAUAAGAAAGUAAGAGAUUGGAAAUCAGAAAAGAAAAGACAUGCUGUGACAGGAAGGAACUCUAAUUCUCCAUCAAGAGACAGAAAGCUCCAAACCCCUUCUCUCCCUAACCUUGCUGUUCCUAGAAGUAGGAGGGACCUUCCAGAGAUUGAUCAGAAGUGGAGCAAAAGCAAGAAAUACUCUAAUUUAGAGCUUAAUAGCAACUCUGAAGCGAAGUUAUCGGCAAACAAUGGCAAAAUAUCCACAAAAGGUUAUAACCAGGAUUCAAGAUCAUACAGGAAGAUUGCUAAAUCAAGGAAUGCAAAUCAUACAAUCGAGCAAUCUAUUAGUGAAGGUCAUGUGAGAGUCACUAAUUUUCUUGAAAAGAACAGGAACCAAAAUCAUAGCCUGAAUGUUGAUAAACGUAUAUCAAAUAGUAGAUGUUCUCCAUUGAAAAACCCUGAUGGGCAAGGAUACUAUGAGGGAUUUCUCAAAGCUCACCUUCAGAGUGAACAUCCUUAUAUGAACUUCUUAAAGAAAAGCAAUUACCAAAAUUCCUCAGUUGAGCCAAAAAUCAACUCUCUAAGAAACAAAGGUAAAAAUAAGCACACAAGGAAGCUCCCAGGUAAAGUAAAAGGAUCAAAAACUAAUAUGAUCGUGACCAAAGAGAAAGAACUUGAUAAUUACAUUAAACUUAAAAUGAGACAAGGAUAUAUGAACGCUAAUCCCCUUCAGCCUCCGAAACUAAAGAAUACAGGAAGUUUGCCAUACUUCUAAAAAGGAAAUUCAGGGAGCUAGAUGGUUAACAUACCCUAAGGGACUUAGGCUUAAGUUAUUUUUUGAUGGCCAAGGGUAUCCCUCGAGAGCUUGCCUCUCACUGUACUCUCUAGCUCAGCUGCAAUGCUAAAACUUCUCCUAGCAUUU